UACCUUUCAACUUCACUUCCAGCCAGGACAACUACAGGACAGAGCUGCCGGCCCAAGCAUGGCGACCCCUCUCACCGACCAGGAAAAGCGCAAGCAGAUCAGCAUCAGGGGGAUUGUGGGAGUGGAGAAUGUUGCAGAGCUGAAGAAGGGCUUCAAUCGUCACCUGCACUUCACUCUGGUGAAAGACAGAAACAUUGCAACACCCAGGGAUUAUUACUUUGCCCUGGCUCACACUGUGAGAGAUCACCUGGUGGGGAGAUGGAUCAGAACACAGCAGUUUUACUAUGAAGCUGACCCAAAGAGGGUGUAUUAUCUGUCUCUGGAGUUCUAUAUGGGCAGGACGCUCCAAAACACCAUGAUCAACCUGGGGCUGCAGAACGCCUGCGAUGAAGCCAUCUACCAGCUCGGCCUGGACAUGGAGGAGCUGGAGGAGAUGGAGGAAGAUGCAGGUCUGGGGAACGGAGGCCUGGGCAGACUGGCAGCAUGUUUCUUGGAUUCGAUGGCCACCUUGGGUCUUGCAGCGUAUGGUUAUGGCAUUCGAUAUGAAUAUGGAAUCUUUAACCAGAAGAUAAGAGAUGGCUGGCAGGUGGAGGAGGCAGAUGAUUGGCUGAGGCAUGGAAACCCGUGGGAGAAAGCCCGUCCAGAGUACAUGUUGCCCGUUCACUUCUAUGGACGAGUAGAGGAGACGAGAGAUGGCUCCAAAUGGGUGGACACUCAGGUGGUUUUGGCGAUGCCCUACGACACCCCCAUCCCCGGCUACAUGAACAACACUGUAAAUACCAUGAGGCUGUGGUCCGCCCGCGCUCCCAACGACUUUAACCUGCGAGACUUUAACGUUGGAGAUUACAUCCAGGCUGUUCUGGACAGAAAUCUGGCAGAGAACAUCUCCCGUGUUCUCUACCCCAAUGACAAUUUCUUUGAAGGAAAAGAACUUCGUCUGAAGCAGGAGUACUUUGUUGUGGCGGCCACCCUCCAAGACAUCAUCCGCCGCUUCAAGACCACAAAGAAGGGCUCUCACGGCCGAACCUCCUUCGAGAGCUUCCCGGAAAAAGUCGCCAUCCAGUUGAAUGACACUCAUCCGGCCAUGGCCAUCCCCGAGCUGAUGAGAAUCUUUGUGGACAUUGAGAAACUCGACUGGGACACGGCCUGGGAGCUCACUAGGCGCACUUUUGCCUACACCAACCACACAGUCCUCCCCGAGGCUCUGGAGCGCUGGCCUGUGGCGCUGCUGGAGAAGCUGCUGCCCAGACAUCUGCAGAUUAUCUACCGCAUCAACCAGGUCCACCUCGAUAUGAUUGCAUCGCUCUAUCCAAAAGACAUGGACAAACUGAGGAAAAUGUCUCUGAUCGAAGAAGAUGGAUGCAAGAGGGUGAACAUGGCGCACCUGUGCAUCGUGGGAUCUCACGCCGUCAACGGAGUUGCUGAGAUACACUCCAACAUCAUCAAGACUGACGUAUUCCGUAAUUUCAGUGAACUAGAACCGGAGAAGUUUCAGAACAAAACCAACGGCAUCACACCCAGACGCUGGCUGCUGCUCUGCAACCCCGGGCUGGCUGAGCUCAUAGCUGAGGUCAUCGGGGAGGAUUAUGUGAAGGACCUCAGUCAGCUAAAGAAGCUGAAUGACUUUGUGGACAAUGCUGCCCUCAUCCGUGAUAUCUCUAAAGUGAAACAGGACAACAAGAUGAAAUUCGCCCAGUACCUAGAGAAAGAGUACAGGGUGAAAAUCAACCCAUCCUCCAUGUUUGACGUCCACGUGAAGAGAAUCCACGAGUACAAGCGGCAGCUCCUCAACUGCCUGCACAUCAUCGCCAUUUACAACCGCAUCAGAAUGAACCCCAGUGCACCUUUUGUACCACGAACAGUGAUCAUCGGGGGAAAGGCUGCUCCAGGCUAUCACAUGGCGAAGAUGAUCAUCAGGCUGAUCACGUCAGUGGCUGAUGUGGUCAAUAAUGACCCUGUGGUGGGGAACAAGCUGAAAGUCAUCUUUCUGGAGAACUACAGGGUCUCUCUAGCAGAGAAAGUAAUACCUGCCACAGAUCUGUCCGAGCAGAUCUCCACUGCCGGCACUGAAGCUUCAGGAACAGGGAACAUGAAGUUCAUGCUGAACGGAGCUCUGACCAUCGGCACCAUGGACGGAGCCAACGUGGAGAUGGCGGAGGAGGCUGGAGAGGAGAACAUGUUCAUCUUCGGCAUGAGGGUGGAGGAAGUGGCUGAAAUGGACAAAAAGGGAUAUGAUGCCAUGUCGUACUACAAGAGGAUCCCAGAGCUGAAAUAUGUGAUGGACCAGAUCACGAGUGGAUUCUUCAGCCCUACAAAUCCACACCUUUUCAAAGACCUCACCGACAUGCUCUUCAAACAUGACCGUUUCAAAGUGUUUGCAGACUUUGAAGACUACAUGAAAUGCCAAGAGAAAGCUAGCCAGCUCUAUCAGAAUCCAAAGGAGUGGACGAAGAUGGUGAUCAAGAACAUCGCUGCCACAGGGAAGUUCUCCAGCGACAGAACCAUCACAGAGUACGCCACCGAGGUGUGGGGCGUCAAGCCGACUGACCUGAAGAUCCCGCCUCCGAACGAACCGAGAGAGGCCAUCGAAGAAACGGCCAGAGCUCUGAAGAAAAUAACUGUGGGCGUUUCAGAAAUCACACCUGCAAACGUUUUCAUUUCCUGAACACUUUAUUGUCAACGCACCAGGGUCAAAGCACUUGCAUUAAAAGAAAUGUCUGUUACAGUCCAUACAGUAAAUCAUGCGUUUAGCGUGGAAAGCGAGGUGGAAUAAUUUCUUCAUAUUUGACAAUCCCUGGAGUUCAGGAUCGAUGGGUUUCUGCAUCUCAGGAAGUCAGUAGGAUGUCAGUAACUGAGCAGCUGAUUAAACUGAAUGUUUCCUUACAGUCCUGCGACUUUAUAUUGUCUGUACUGAGUCAUAAAGCCUGUCUGUACUGCAGGCAGUUUAAAACAAUGAUUUAUUUGCGUCUGUAUCAGUAUCACUUGGUUAAGGAAAGAUGCAAGCCUACUUCAUUUGUGAUCUACAGUAUUUUGUCCCAGUGUUUGAAUAAAGUUAUUGUAUAAUAUGUUUAAUCAGCGCGCGCACACACACACACAUGCACACACACAUUUUGUGCCAAAAAUAAAUAUGUAUGUUGGAAUCUA